GCGUGCUUCCCCGAACAUGUGCGCGGCCAAAGUCUCCGCGGCCGGGGCUGCCCCUGCUCCGUGGGGCGCGGGCGCUGCCCACCCCGGGGCACCCACGCCCCACGGAGGGCAGCGCGGUGGGGAGGGGGAGCCUAGACCCAUGGCAGCCCCGGAGGUCCUGAGACCCCGCACCUGCCCCCCGUCACGGCUCGAGGUGAGCUGGGGGGACACAGCAAAGGCGGAGAGGACAAAGGGGACGGAGUCACCGGAGCCAGGCACCCCCUCCCCGCCCCAGACCCUCCUGCUCCCCCCGUGGGGGGCUCACCACUGCGGGCACCUCACCAGUACGGGGGGGUCACUGCUGUAGGGGGAUCGCUAGUCUGGCUGGGCUAGACCAGUGUGGCCAGGACACACCAGUCUUGGCUUGGUGACAGAUGACACCCAUAGUGAGUGCCUCGGGCUGUCCCAGGUAGAGACUCUCAUAUCUUGGGGUGCCCCGGUGCCCCCCAAGUGGGUGCCGCAGCCCCAGCUCCCAGCCUGGGUGGCUAAAAAUAGCGCAGUCCCCCCGUGCCGCCCCCGCCGACCUCGGCCAGGUUAAUCUUUAGCCUCUGAACGCUGUAAUGAAGGCUCAUUAUCCGACAUUACCGCGGGCAGGGGACCGGGACAGGGACAGGGACAGGCCCCGGACGCUGACGCGGGGCUUGGUGUGGCGGAGCCAGGCUGCGUGCGGGUGAGCAGGGUGGGGGUACACAGAGGACAGCGAUGGGCUGGGGGUGACAUGGCCUUGGUGCCCGUAGCACCUGGCCGUGGGUCACACUGGUGAUGCAGGGAGUCCCAGCUGUGUGUGUAGGGUGACAAUCCCCAGUGCAGUACAGUCGUUGGGGGACCAGUGUCCCCAGGAGACACGUUGUGGUCCCCAGCAGUGUGAGGGGAUCCCUGAAAGCACGACAGGGUCCCCAGGGGGUGGCAGGGCCCCAGACACGUGACAGUGUCCUUGAGAGCCAUGCCAGGGUCCCCAAGGGAGGAUCCCAGGGGCUGUGCUGGAGCACCAGAGGGUGUGUCACCAUCCCCGUCAGCAUUCCUGCGUCCUCAGUAGCUGUGCCAGGUUCCCAAGGGCUGUGCCAGGUCUCCGGGGGGGUUUGUUGGUGUCCCCAGGGGUUGCCAGUAUCCCCGGGGGCUGUGCCAGCAUCACCAGGGAGAGUGCCAGGUUCCCAAGGGUUGUGCCAGGUUCCCAGCGGGGUGGCAGUGUCCCCGGGGGGGGGAGUGUUGUUAUGUUGAACCCAGUGCACACACCAGGGUGCCCGGCAGCGUGUCAGUGUCCCCAUGGCUGUGCCAGGUCCCCGUGGGGUGCUGAUGCCCUCGUGGGGGUGUUGGCGUCCCAGGGCUAUGUUAUUGUCCCUGGAGCACGCACCAGGACACUGGCAAUGUGCCAGUGUCCCCAGGGCCAUGGCAGGCCUUGGGACGGGCCGGCACGGGGUGAUAGGGACAGCACGGGGGGGUCCUGGUGUGACAGGGAGACCAAGCCACUAUCGGGGAGACCGAGGAGCUGUCAGGGAGACUGAGGUGCUAUCAGGUGCUGUCAGCCCCGGGGACCCACAGGUGCUCCAGGGAGAUUAGCAGGGGGGGCUGUGGAGGUGCGCCCGGGCCACCCUGCUGGGGUUCAAACGCCGUGGCGGCAGUGACAGUGACAACAGGGUGCCCUGGCCUUGUGCAGGCUCGGCGGAGACGCCCCAGGCCAGUGACAGCCCGGGCCGGUGGCUGCCCGGGCGGGUGACAUGGCGGGGGGCGCGGGACUGGCCAAGCGUCUGGGUACCUUUGUGUCAGGGCUGCUGGAGUGCGGCGCCUUCUGUGGUAUCAUCUUCGGCUGGGCCUCCCUCGUCUUUGUCCUUAAGGAACUCGGCUACUUCCGGUGGCUGUGCCAGCCCUCCCCCACCAACCACACUCAGGGGCUCGACUGCAGUGCGCAGGAUGAGCAGUUCUCCCUGGUCUUCACCAUCGGCUCCUUCAUGAACAACUUCAUGACCUUCCCCAUGGGCGUCGUCUUUGACCGCUUUGGCACCCUGGCCGCUCGCCUCAUCGCCAUCUCCCUCUACGCCGGUGGGACCCUCCUCGUCGCCUUCUCCACUCCAGAGCUGGCGGUGCUGCUUUUCCCGGCCAUGUCCAUGCUGUCGGUGGGUGGCAUUCUCCUCAUCCUCACCAAUAUGCAGGUGGGCAACCUGUUUGGGAAGUACCGCUCCAUCAUCAUCACCCUCUACAAUGGGGCCUUUGACUCCUCCUCUGCCAUCUUCCUCAUCGUUAAGCUGCUGUAUGCACAGGGGCUAUCCCUGCAAGCCAUGUUCCUCUUCCUGGCAGCCUGCAGCGCCUGGCAUCUGCUGCGCACCCUCUUCCUGAUGCCACGCACCCGCAUCCCCUACCCGUUGCCCCCUGCCUACAACUACGGGCUGCAAUGCCCAGGGCGCUCCCGCUCCUACCGCACCUACGAGGAGAAGAGGCCCCCAGGGGAGGACGGCCCCGAGGAGAUCCCCCUGGAGCCCCCCGUUCCCCGAGGUGAAGCCCCCCCCGGGAUGACGUUCCGGGCCUGUGUGUGCUCGUGGCUCUUUGCCUGGCACGUGGCCUGGCUCUCCGUCAUGCAGCUGCGCCACUACCUGUUCAUCGGCACCCUCAACCCGCUACUCGAGCGCCUGUCACAAGGGGACUUCAACGCGGUGAGCACCUACACCAAUGCCUUCGCCUUCACCCAGCUCUGCGGGGUGCUCUGUGCCCCCUGGAACGGCCUCAUCCUCGACUGGCACAAGCGGGGCAAGCGCCGCCGCCCUGAGGGUGCCCGGGGUGUGCUGGCAGACCUGCAUGCCGCGGUGGUGUCACUGGUAGUGACGGUGGUGCAGUGCCUGCUGUUCUCCGUGUGCGCCGCCGUGCCCAUCCUGCAGGUCCAGUUCGCCACCUUUGUGCUGCAGGUGAUCAGCCGCUCCUUCCUGUAUGGUGGCAAUGCCGCCUUCCUGGCCAUCGCGUUCCCCCCGCAGCACUUUGGGAAGCUGUACGGGCUGGCCAUGGCACUGUCGGCGGUGGUGGCCCUCCUGCAGUACCCCUGUGUCGCCCUGUUGCAGGGGCCGCUCCAAGGGGACCCCUUCUAUGUGAACUUGGGGCUCAUCGCUGUGGUGCUGGUGGCCUUUGUCAGCCCCGUGGUGGUGGCUCGCGAGUGCCGGCGGCGAGCCAAGGAGCUGGAGGCAGCUGGUACCCCCCUCACAGCACCCCCUGCCGCCGAGACCCCCGCCGAGAUGCCUCACUGAGCCCUGCACCUGCCAGGAACCCGGCACCCAGCACCCCCUUUUUGUACUGGCCUGGGGGUGCCGUGCCGGUGGGAUGGGGGACUUUAGGGGUAAUAAACAUUGCUGCCCCUUCCA